CCUCCCCCCAGGCGAGGUGCGCAUGCCCUCAGGGAAGACGGCCCGGCCCAGCAUCACGGAUAACAAGGACGGGACGGUGACCGUGCGGUUCGCACCUGUGGAGAAGGGGCUGCACGAGAUGGACAUCAAAUACGAUGGCAACCACAUCCCCGGGAGCCCCCUGCAGUUCUACGUGGACGCCAUCCACACCCGCCACGUCAGCGCCUAUGGACCCGGCCUCAGCCACGGCAUGGUCAACAGGCCAGCCACCUUCACCAUCGUCACCAAGGGCGCCGGCGAAG